UCAGUUCAAACUCCGGAACACAGGAGGGCAGCACUGGAGAGAGGUAGUUUCCCUUUUGUGCCACCUUCUCCAAAAACAUGGCUGCUCCCAUGGCUCUCAAACGAGAAUUAUUUUCUCUGGGAAGGGUUCUUAGAAGAGUCUCAAAUUUGGGACCGAGAGCUUUGGGUGCCUGUUCACCUCACAUACAAUGUUAUAAAAUCAGGUCUCUUCUACCAUUAGCAUCCAGCACUUCCUUCCACACAUCAACAGUGCUUCCAUCAACACCUUCAACAAUCACUGUCACAGAAGAGCCCGACACACUGUUUCAGAGGGUGAAGGUGCUGGUCAAAGGUCAUGACAGAGCCGUGUUGGACAGCUAUGAGAUAUUCGCCACCAUGGCAGCCAAUGAGCUGGGCGUCACCCAAAACAAAGUUUAUGAACCUCCCAAGGUCAUGGAGAGAUUGACUCUCCUGAAGUCGAUUCACAUCUUCAAAAAUCACAGAGUCCAGUAUGAGAUGAGGACGCACUACCGGUGCAUCGAGCUGUUUAAUUUAACCGGCUGCACAGCACAGGUUUACCUUGAAUACAUCCAGAGGAACCUCCCUGAAGGUGUAGCCAUGGAGGUGACAAAGAUAGCCAUGGAGAAGGUUCCAGAUCACAUCAAAGAACCCAUGUGGGAGGAGCAACCCGUUGAGGACAAACCCAGCCAGUGAAAUCGUUGAUCAACCUACAGGAUGUUUUCUCAGAACUGAACAUGUUAAGGAAUUGGAAAGAACAUUUAUUACAUCAACAUGGAACAGUCUUCAUUAACUGUCAGUUGUGUUUUGAUUGUUCUUCUGUUGCAAACAGUGUGGAAUUACUUUUGUUUUUUCAAUAAAUACAUUAUUUAA